AUUUCAAAAAAUCAUCUCUGGCAACCGUGUCAUUAUUGUCUAAUCAUUUUUGUGAUGUUUUGUGAUUACUAAAAUUUUACCUCAAAAAGCAAAUAUAAAUUGGAUAAAUCUAUAAAUUCACCAUUCCAAGAAUAGCAAGAAAACAUUUUUUUUAUCAACGAUUACAAAGCAUUAUUUGAAUUAUUAUAACCAAAAUCUAUUUUCUGGGUUCCAUAUAAUAGGGCUAGAGAAUACAUAAUAUAAAUUUACUACUUACCAGGCACAUACCAUGAGUACUUUUGGAGAAAUAGUAGAGCCUUCUAGCCGCAAUGUUUGGGAAGAUUGGGAUGAAACUAAUGAAGACAUAAACAUAGUUCAAUUACAUUGGAAAAGAGAAAAUGAACCAAAUCACAUAGGAACACUAAUUAUAUUGGAAGGCAAAUACUUAUUUGACUCCCUAAAACAAAGUGAAAAUAUGGAUAUGGUGAAUUCAGUAACUGGCAUUCAUAUGGACCUGUAUAGAAUCAAAGCAUCAAGUGAUUAUGUUUGUGUGCUCAAAGAUUAUGAUUUAGUUUUGAGCAGUCAAAUAGUUGACCUUAUGAAAACUUAUAUCACAGUGAGUGAUGAAGUCAUAGCAAUAUUGAUAAAACCUCUUGCCACCUACCAUUCUUCAGGAGACCAGUUACAAGACUGCAUCAUUAGGAGACUUUCCACUAAAGCUGAUUCAACAUCUAUGCUCAUGAAUUAUCUAAAGUUAGAACAACCAAACAUAAUAUCUGGAGUGUCAGCUGGAGCUAUUUGUCUAAGAGAAGUUCUCAACCUACCAGGAUCAGCAGUUGUAUUUUACAUGGAACAACUUGAAAAUAAUGAAGUGAAUGAACUUUAUAAAUUAUUACGAAAUCUUAACAUUUUAGUUGGCAAACAAAAAUAUAAUAGUAUAUUAAGUUCUAAUUUGUAUGUUUAAAUUAAUAACAAAUUAAAUGUUUUAACCGUU